CUCACACUCACCAGUCAUAUGGGUGAUAGGGUUUUGAAAGGAAGCUGCCUCGUAAGCGUUCCUUCUUGCUCUGCCAAAAUUAAAGAGGCCCGCACUAUCGCUUUGCCUCUACUUAACCCCGCUCUUUCUUUCUCUCUCUCUCUCUCUCGAUCGAGCAUUUUCAAAUCUACAGAGACCGAAACCUGUUUUGGAUUACAGUCAUAAUGGCUGGAGGAUUGAAGAUGGUGAUCGUUGCUCUGGUUAUGAUCAUCUCGGUGAGCCUCGGAGGGAAAUGGGUCGGAGUUGGAGCCCAAGUUCACCACCAUGUGGUCGGAGGCGACCGUGGCUGGGACCCUUCUUCCGACGUCUCUUCCUGGUCCUCCGGCAGAAUCUUCCGGAUCGGAGACAAAAUCUGGUUCGCGUACUCUGCAGCGCAGGAAAGCGUCGCUGAGCUGAAAAGCAAGGAGGAAUACGAGUCGUGCGAUAUAAGCAACCCAAUCAGAACGUACACGGACGGUUUGGAUGGCAUUUCACUGGAAGGGGAAGGGAUCCGGUACUUCGCUAGCUACAGCCCUGAAAACUGCAAGAACGGCCUGAAGUUACACGUGGAGGUGCUGCCUGAGGGGAGCUCGGCAAUGGCUGCUGGGCCUACUUCUGGUUCAGCCCAUCUAAUUGGGAGCUUUAUCCUCUUAGCUAUUGGAUUCCUUUGCUAUGUAGUAGGUGUCUAGAGGCAGUCUCUAUUUGCCGUUUGUGUUUUAGGCGUGUUUUUUUUUUUUUUUUUUUUUUUUUUUUUUUCUGCUUUUGAACUAGUGUUUUAGGCGUCUUGAUCAGCACUAGUAAUUGACGACGGGAAAAGGACAAGACUCCGGAGUAAUGUGGAUUCCUCAUGUAGUAAUUUCAAAUUAGCACUAACUUAAAUUUGAAAAGUUACUACUCUUUUUUUCUUUUUUCAGUUUGGGAUUUGGUUAUUAUGGAUUACAAAAUAAUAGCCCUUUAGAACCUGGAUUUGUUUUAAUUUAUGCAUGAUAAGUUGUAUUAAUUUUGCUAAACGUUAUGGUAUAAGCUAUAAUUUCUUGUCA